CUCUUCAAUCGAAAGAACAUCCUAUCUGAAUUUACGCUCGAUUCUUCUGGCGCUCGACACAUCGGCGCUGCCACCGCCAAAGAUGCUACAUCUUCGAGUCGGUUAUAGCGAAGAAGCGUACUCGAGACUUUAGAAGACUCGACAGAAAUCUGGACAAAAUGUCGAUGACUGGAAGCUUAAUGGGAUACGAAAACAAUAACGAUGUGAACCAGGCCAAGUGUAAGAAGCCAUUGAAGCCGCUGCCAGUUGUAUCGAGCAUAAGCUCGAGUGGUGUUACCACGAGCACGAGCAAAUCGAAGAGGGCACGAAAAUCUACGAGGAAAGAUUCGUGUAUUCGCGGUCAUGUGAACAGUCUUUGGUCCGUCUGGUACGGCAUUCUGGCUGUCGCUUUUCAGGCGUACAUAGCAAUGAGAUACGCCAGGCGAUUCGCUGCUUACUUGUCAUUACCAUGGCCAGCGGAUGCGCCACCUCCUAAAAUCGAAUUGUACGCUUGCCUGGUGCUAGCCGGCACCGGAGUCGUCCUACUUCCGGUAUUACUUGGUGCGGCAUUCUUGAAGCUUGGCAAUCUCGCGAACGAUGGAAUAAAACUAGGUCGGCAUUUAAGCGCCUGUUCGCGCGACCCGCCAUCUUCGCUUCUCACUAAUAAUAACAGUCUGGUGAAUAAUUUAUGGAGACACGGUGGCCCUACAGCGGCCUUCGUGCAUCUCUGCACGGCCAUGUGCUUCCUCUUACCCUCUCUGCUCAUGGAAGCGAGGCUAAUACACGCUGGAUUUCUGCCAAAAGAUGCAAUAUGGAGGACUGAUCUGGACUGGAUGGUGAUACACCGUGACCGCUUGGUAUUGCUAAGCUUCAUGAAUCCGAUCGGCAACUUAAGUACCAUGACUGGUCCAGUAACUCCUCAACCUUUCGUAACCUCGGAGGAAGGCAUUAACGAAAGUCUCGAUGAACUCACUACACCAACACCUAGUUUAACAAACAUGGCGCUUCCUGAUGCUGUUGAAACUCGUAUCGGAGAGGCAACUACUAGGUUCUCAACCGUUCUCCAUCCAAUCGUCACAGAUCCAUCUUUAUCCCGCACUACUUUGACCCCUAGUACGAUUCCAAGCAAGACUACGACGAGCACCGAAGCGAUUUCAACAACUCCAAAAAUGACAUUGCUUCCGAAAAAUAGUACUGUGAGACGUCCGACCAUGAGAACCAUCACCAGGAACGGCAAUUCGAAGGGCAGAUCGAAGGCAAAGAAUCUCACGAGGCUAUCUACCACGGCUAAACCUGUCAGAGCUGUCAGUGGAAACAUGACGGCUCAAAGUAUGUCAUUAACAAUGAACAGUCUGGCAGAUCUUGAUCAUCCUGAAAAUUUGAAUUUAGAACUCCAAACAGCCGAGUCAUACGGUCCGAUUACUCUUGAAUAUCUGAAUUACGCCGCCGCGCUUGGCGUCUACUCGGUGAGAUAUCCCGCCGUCUUCUGGUCGUGCAACAAAGCAUUGGGCACGAUUUUCAGUCUGCAGUUGGUCGUAAAUUCAGCGCAGAGUCUGCUGGCUUACGCCGGAAUGUCCGUCCUUUACAAGGUUCAGGUGGUAGGUGCCUUGAAGGUUUUGCCGCAUCUUCGGCAUCGCACUGUGCCAACAACCAGUACAAUUUCGACAAUAUUUGGAGACUCUUAUUUUCUGCUGGAUCCUCCCGUAACUCUUGUGCUCUUUGCUCUCUUGUCCUUUCUAGUGCUCUGCUCUAGCAUGGUCAUGUACUUCUACGCUCAUGGCAGGUUCACAGCAUUCCUGAACCAGGAACGCGAGCGUCGCGUGAUCCUGUCAAAGGACGGCCGCGAAGGCAAUGAUUGGGUCUACCUGCCGCAUUGUGCCGCGUUUGUCGUGUUCCUCGCGAUCGUGAUCUGCGGUGCGCCAUUACUCUACGAUUACACGGUGGUGUAUCGCGGUAGCCUGGACGGCGCUAUCCUCGCCUGCAUCAUCGGUAUGAUCCUGCAUCUUCUCCUCUGGCUGCUACUCUGGAUAUUUCUCAUCGUCAAGCAACGAUGGACGUUCAAGCUGCGCGUGACCAUCGGACGCGCCACCGUGAGGUCGGCGAGGUCGGUCAAACUCGUGACUGACGUCGACCUGCUCUCAGCGAGAGACGACGAUGAUGGUACCAACGCGCCUUUGCUCGUCGUCGGUAACGGCAGAACAUACACCAUCGCCGACACCUCGCCAAAGAGGGCUAUCAUGAGCGUGAUACAGAAAGCUGCCAUGGAAAGGAAAGCCCGAUCGCAAGGCGGAAACGUCGAUGGAGUCGACGGUGAAUCGACGGCUGACGGUGAUGAGCAGAUCUACUGGCUUAGGCCGAAAUUACGUCCCUCGCCUACACAAUCCCCGAGCGACACCGGCGGUGCACCGACGUCCGAUAAGAGUUGGCUGAACAAGAAGCUCAAGCAUAAGGUCACCUUUAACGACCUGCCUAGUACGUCAGGCUCGCGGGACGGUAUACCUAAAUUCAGGAAUUUGCUCGAGUGCGUGAACGAUGAUCAAGUGACUUACUAUGCGAAUGCGAAUCGUGACCUACAACCAUCGGAGGGUGAUCCUUCACCCCUUUUGACCCCUGAUCCUCUACCCGAUCCCGCGGAAGAACCGCUUCCACUGCCACCUCCGACUCCAACUUGCGCACCAACCACCGAUAUUGUCACGGCGCCACUAACUACAAAUGCUCAGAUGAACGGCGGACAAACGCCACGAUGCCUACGUCGUGCGGAUUCGGGGAUGCCGCAUGACGAGCUGACACCACGUUCAGACUCCUCAAACUCGCCACCUCUAGACGCGGUAGGCAACGGUGGAGGCGCCGGUUCGGUGACCGGUCACAGCAACACCAGUAGCAACAGCGAGACGUCGAGUGGCGUGCAUAGUAACGCAAGUAAUGCCAGCAACGUCAGUCAUAGUAGUUCUCAGCGUCGUGCUACCAGCGUGGACGACCUGACCGGAGAACCGCGCGAGGAGCCGCGCGAGCAGUGGCGUAGCUGUUCUCUUCAGCGUGGCGCGCAGCCACCCACGGCAAACACGACCUUCUCGCCACCCAGCAGUCGCCCGGGUACCAGCCAAUCCUUCUCUUCGCCGCAGUACGUGAACCACGUGCCACCAUAUAGCAAUGCCGUCGGCAACGAGAUCGGCGCCGGCUGCCCGGCGGUUAUUCUAGAGAAUCCGAAUGAGGCGACCGUCGUGAUCCGACGCAAGCUCUCGAGAACGAAGCUCACAGAUCCGCUGAAUCCGAAUGAGGAACCGUUCGGUCGGUCUACCAACAUGAGGAUGACCUCCUUCACUGAGAGCAACGAUAUCCGCAUACAGGCCUCCUCGGCGACUCUGCCGCACUACCCCACGCAGCCUAUCGUCACCUAUCCUCACUGCUCCACGAUGCCGCUGCCGCACGCGUCUCACAGCGUGGCCGCGGCAAACAUGAGCGGCGGCUCCACCGGCAGUUGCGGUUCCGUGCCGAGGCAUACCUUCGUGCCGCCGCAGGUUCACACCACUAUGCCGGCGCACACGACGUUGCCGUCGCAUCACAACGGCGUGAGGCUGCUCCACGGAACUGCCGUUGCCCCCGGCAAUCCCUUCGUCAAGAGGUUCCCACCGGUUCAGUUGCACACCCAACCCUGGGCCCUGCCGGGUCAUCACACCUUCCCGCAGAUGCCGCAGGGCAACAACAAGCUCACGGCCACCGCGCAGAUCAGACAGAGCGACCGGGACUCCGCGAACUUCUCCAUGGCCAGCAGCGGGGACUCCGACACGUGUCUACCGCACUAAAAUGCGCGAGGACUACUAAUAGGCAUCAUGAACUCGAGUCGCGUCUGAGUGCGUCAGGUGAUACUUGGUAUUUUCGUAAAAACAUUUUCGUGAUGACAAAUGACAUCGGAAGGGAUCUCAGUUUCCAGGCAUGACAUACCGAUGACGUACCGAUGUCACGAUCAUAAGCUCUCCUAAAGUCUUAUUCGGAUGAAUGGGAAUGAUAGAAAUGUAGUAGACGAAAAGAGAGAACUUUUGCGUAAAUUCGAGAGAUGAGCUACGAAUAUUUUGCUUUAAAAUCGAUAAAUUCCUAGGAUUCAUGAAAAAUUAUAAUAUACAUUUAGUACGCUGCAUUGUCCGAUAUAGAUUAUUAAGAAAAAGCUUUUAUGUAUUUCAUAUUACAUGCUCAAAGGCCGAAGAUUUAAGGAAAAAAAUCGGAUUAAGGUUGAAACGACAUAUCACAUUUCUGCCAUUUAUUAAUAUAAAUAAACAUGGCAUUCCUUAAAAUACGGGUUAUCUCUAUUUUUUACGAUCUGAUCUCCAUACUCGAUAUUUCGAUCAGAUUUUACCCGAUUAUUUAUAUAAGUACGUAUAUGAUAUUAACAUAGAGUUUAUUGCAUAAAUUGCAUACAAAUGUAAAAAUUUCAUUCGUUUGAAUGAACGACGUACGUCAACACAAAUACGUAGAAAAAGACAAGUCGAUUAUAAAUAAUUAUAUAUCCCAAGGAUAGUUUAUAAAAAUAAUUAAUGAUUAAAAAGCAUCAAUUCCGUUACAUACAUAUCCAAUACAUUAUGAUUACUUAUGUCCCAUUUUAUCUUUAAUCUCUCAGCAAUAAAAGAAAAUAUCUCAAACAGAUAGUGAUAUAAACAUUACAAUAAUAAACGAUUCGGUUAAGAAAUCUUCAUCCUGAUUAAUCCUAAAUCAUGCAACAAUAAGCAAUUAUUGCAAAACAUAGGUGAUGCACAUAUAUCGCAAUUUAAAGAAAAAUAAAUCAGAUUAUGAUUAAUAAGUAUAAGUAAUAAUGGAUCUCUACUCUCUUUCUCUCUCAAGUUUACGCAAACUUGUCUCUCGGUUACGUGUUAAGGCGUGCUUACAGCUAAAAUCAUCUUUCUCAUUUUUCUUAUAUCGUGGAGCAGAGAUGCUCGAAGGAGAAUCAGUGAUCAGCAUUACCGCAUUUAAUGCCGGAAGGAAACGGCAGGUGAGAGUGAGAAUAACAUAGUUAUCCCAUUUUAGAUAUGGAAAAAGUUAUUGUGUUGUCCUAAAUAAAAUUCGUGUAUAGAAUGAAUUAAGGAUAGUUGGUUAAGAGAAAAAGAAUGUGGAAAAAUUCAGGUCGCUCCUUCGUAUAGCGUACGCUUUUAUAUUGACAAUUAAGAUCUUUUUUCCACUGAUGACUGUAAAUUUUGUUAAAACAUAAUUUGUAUAUUGCAAGUUGUUUAUUUAUACCGCGACUCCGAUGAGUCACUUAUAUGCGAAUGAUAAAGCGAAAUGAAGAAAAGCAUUUCCUCAUUGGAAUGCACAUUUUAUGCGCAAUACAUUUCUUUUUUCAUUUGUUUUUGGUCUCUUUUUGUUUCUUUUUCUUUAUAUAGAUUUAUCGAAUUCAUCGUCAAAGAUAAAUGUUUGUUUGUCGAAUCUUCUAUGAAUUGUAAGUUUAAAUAUUAAGAAUUACUUGCGAGAUAAAUACGCAGGCAAUUUUAUGAAAUAUGAAAUACUGUAAAAUACAAGCGCAGAUUGUAGUCAUACGAUAUGCUUUUGGCCUUGAUAAGAUUUGCGGUAUAAUAGAAAAUAUACCAUUACGUUAAAUCUUCUCUUAUGGCCUGAUAACAUACCAUAAUCUGCCAUUUUUUUCGUGUCGUAAGAUUUGCGAUAUUAACAGUGCCAUCGAAAUUAAUAAUUAAGCACAGAAAAAGGACAGAAACAAUUCUGUGUAAUCAUUACUCAUAAAAUUUAAAUGAGUAAUAUCUAAAGAUAAAGCUUUACUGUCGAAGAUAAUAUGCUAUUUAUUUAUUUGGCUUUAUAGUCUGAUAUUUUUUUUUCUUUUGUUAAAUAGGAAAACUGCACAAAAUUACGCAUAAAAUAUAUAUAUGUAAAAUUUCA